UUUGGGAGUUGCGUUCACAAGUUUAUUUUUGUCGGAAUUUUGUUGUGUAAAUAAUAUUAUUCGCACAGAAGUUUGAAUAAAAGUGAGGGAUUAUAUAAAUGUAUUAACAUUCUUAUCAACAUGAAUACUAUGACAAAUAUAAAAAAUGUUCUCAAACUCAGUGCAACUGAUUUGAAAGGCGGCAAGAAAUCAUGGCAUGACAUGUAUAAGGAUUCUGCUUGGAUAUUCGUUGGCGGCCUGCCGUACACUCUCACGGAAGGCGAUAUCAUCUGUGUAUUUUCCCAAUAUGGCGAAAUAGUUAACAUCAACUUGAUACGAGAUAAAAGUAGUGGGAAAUCGAAAGGAUUCUGCUUUCUGUGUUACGAAGAUCAGCGUUCGACUAUUUUGGCAGUCGACAAUUUAAAUGGCAUUAAAGUACUUGGCCGAACAAUACGAGUUGAUCAUGUCGCCGACUAUAAACCACCGAAGGAAAAUGAGAAAAUGGACGAAGAGACUUUAAGACUGUAUAUGGAGGGCUGUGCACCGAAAGCAGUGGUACAGAAAAAGGAACGCUCAUAAGUUAUGGAUAAUUGAUUUGUUUUUGAAUAAGGUUUAAGAUAAAUAAUAUUUAAAUAAAGAAAAGAAAAUAGAA